AUGUCGGGUGCCCGCAGUCCUCAACAUGACCCAAGAUCUCACGAUCUGCAUCGCUCUACUCAGUCAGCCUCAGCUCCACCAGGAGAUGUCUCCCAACUUCCCAAAGGCCAAUGCCGUUACAUCCUCACAAUACCCGAGCUAAAAGGCCACCGAUGCGGAUGUAUGGGAUUUCAUCAUAACACAUCUCUUCCUGGUGCAACGUGCUACUGCGGCCAUUUCGCAUGCUUCCACUCUCCUCACUCCAUUCAAAGGACGGGCGACGACUUAACAACUCUCAAAAAGAGAGUAAAGGAUCUGGAAUCAAUGUUGCACCAAAAAGGCAGCUAUCAACCAGAAAGCUUGGUCUGUCGGAUCAGCGAUCUCGAGGAAACAGUGGAGAGUAACGAAGAAGAAUCAGCCAUGCAAAUGAAAGCUUUAUAUCAGAAUAGCUCAGCAGCGUGGGAAGUUAUAGAAGCAUUGCAGGAGCGAAUCAAGACUCUCGAGACAUAUUGUGGUCUAUAUCGAGAACAGAUGGCGGCGACGAGGAGCGAGUUGAAAGAGCUAUACAAUAGGCAGCUGGAGUUAAUGGACGGUGAAGAGAGCUUGGAGGAAAGACUUCAUAGGUUGGAGGAUCCAGGCGAUAUACUACCGACGUUUUCAAAUGCGAAUAUUGGCUCUUUGCGUAUGGAUACCCGGUAG